CACCGAGGUUAUAAAAGGAGAGCUGCCGGCGGCGGGCGGAAGUGGGCGGUUCGGCUGCUCUGGGCGCUGUUGUUUGGAGUUUAGGCCUCCGGAGGGGUGUUCUCUGGAGGGCCGCCUGUGCAGGCCUCAGUGACAGGCCCGCUCGCCCCCGCGUUCCCCUCCUGACUCUGUGUGCAGCGUCUGCUCGCGGCCUCCGUGUUCUGCAGGCCCAACAUGGCGCAGGAGGUGUCGGAGUACCUGAGCCAGAACCCGCGGGUGGCCUCCUGGGUGGAGGCGCUGCGUUGCGAGGGCGAGACUGACAAACACUGGCGCCACCGCCGGGAGUUUUUGCUCCGCAACGCCGGGGACCUGGCCCCAGCUGGCGGCGCUGCCCCGGCCAACACGGACGAGGUUGCUGACGCGGAGAGUGGGAGCCGCAGUCGGCAGCUGCAGAAGCUCAUCUCUUUUUCCAUGGCCUGGGCAAAUCACGUCUUCCUCGGGUGCCGGUACCCUCAAAAAGUUAUGGAUAAAAUACUUAGUAUGGCUGAAGGCAUCAAAGUGACAGAUGCUCCAAUCCAUACAACAAGAGACGAACUGGUUGCCAAGGUGAAGAAAAGAGGGAUAUCGAGUAGCAAUGAAGGGGUAGAAGAGCCGUUCAAAAAACGAGCCAUAGAAGGAAAAAACAAUUCUGCUGUUGAGCACGAUCAUGCAAAAAUUUCUGCCAAGACAGACCGUGCAUCAGCUCAGCAGGAAAACAGUGCAACACGUCCAGGGGCAACCACCAAAUCAGAAAGUAGUGGAAACUCAACUCGAAGCUCUGGCAUCUCCAGUCAGAAUAGCUCUAAAAGUGAUGGAAAUCCAUCUGUUUCCAGCCAAAGCAGUGGCAGCAUUUCCUCUCAGGUAACAACGGCUGGAUCUGGAAAAGCUUCUGAAUUAGAAGCUCCAGACAAACAUAGUUCAGCAUCAUUUGUUUCUUCGUUGCUGAAGUCCAGUGUGAAUAGUCACAUGACCCAGUCCACUGAUUGCAGACAACAAAGUGGAUCACCUAAAAAGAGUGCUUUGGAAGUCUCUUCAGUUUCAGCUUCUCAAAGCAGCUCAGAGAUUGAGGUGCCUUUGUUGGGCUCCUUAGGAAGUUCAGAAGUAGAAUUGCCAUUAUUGUCUUCUAAACCUAGUUCAGAGACAGCUUCAAGUGGGUUAACUUCUAAAACUAGUUCAGAGGCAAGUGUUUCACCAUCAGUUUCUAAAAAUAGUUCUUCAUCAGGCACAUCCUUACUGACUCCCAAGAGCAGCUCCUCAACAAAUACAUCACUGUUGUCUUCCAAAAGCUCUUCCCAGGUAGCUGCGUCACUGUUAGCUUCUAAGAGCAGCUCCCAGACCAGUGGAUCUCUGGUUUCCAAAAGCACUUCCUUAGCAAGUGUAUCCCAGUUGGCUUCUAAGAGUAGUUCUCAGACUAGCACCUCACAGUUGCCUUCUAAAAGUACUUCACAAGCAAGUGAAAGUUCUGUCAAAUUCUCUUGUUGCAAGCUAACCAAUGAAGAUGUGAAACAGAAGCAACCUUUCUUCAAUAGACUGUAUAAAACAGUAGCAUGGAAGUUGGUAGCUGUUGGUGGCUUUAGUCCUAGUGUGAAUCAUGGAGAGCUCUUAAAUGCAGCUAUCGAGGCUUUGAAAGCAACCCUGGAUGUGUUUUUUGUCCCACUAAAAGAACUGGCAGAUCUGCCUCAAAAUAAGAGCUCUCAAGAAAGUAUUGUUUGUGAAUUGAGAUGCAAGUCUGUAUAUUUGGGCACUGGCUGUGGAAAAAGCAAAGAAAAUGCAAAAGCAGUCGCAUCAAGAGAAGCAUUGAAGUUAUUUCUCAAGAAAAAGGUGGUGGUAAAAAUAUGUAAAAGGAAGUACAGAGGGAGCGAAAUAGAAGAUCUAGUACUCCUUGAUGAAGAAUCUAGGCCUGUAAACUUACCUCCAGCAUUAAAACAUCCUCAAGAGUUACUAUAGUAUGUCCAAUAUUACUGCAUACGGUAUAUGGUAUUUGAAGAGAAAAACUGGCUUACUUUUGUACAGUAUAAAACACAGGCUUUCACAAGUUUUGUAUUGCUUUUUUCCAAUUUUGCAGAAAAUUUACAUACUAAUUCUCUUCACACAGUAGAAAUUGUAAAUAAUUUAUGAAUGACAGUACACGUUAAAAGGUAUACGUUAACAGCAUACCAAUAUGCUGUUUUAUUUGCUGAAGAAAAUACUGUCUUCUAUUUUUAAUGAUAACAUUAGGUACGAUGUGUAGUUCUGUAGAGUGUUAAAAUUUUUGUACUACUUUCAAUUUGGUGAAAAUGUAUUAAGUUGUCUACCAUACUUUUUUUUCCCUAGCUGAGUAAAACCACGUCAAAGAAAAGGGACCACAGUAUUUGAAUGUCUGAAAGUCUGUGAAGCCUAAGCUUUUUAAAAUGUUGCCCAUAAUGUUAAACAUGUCUGUUAAAAAAUAAAAGAAAAAAUAGUUGCCUCAGACUAUUUUUAUGAGAAGUUGUAAGCAUUUUUUAGAUAUAAAGCAGUAUGAAGUAAUUCUUGUUAUUUUAUUCUGAAGUUGUUAAAAAUUCACCAUAGUUUUGACUGCUGCAGAUUCUUUAAGUGGGUUAAUUUAUGUUUUGAGGUGGAAUACAAUUUACACUUUUUCUUGACAUAAAUGUGGGUUUCUAUAUUAAGCAUAUUUUGUGACUACUAUUAACAGAUUGAUUUGUUUAGAUAUUAAAUGCUUUAAGCCAUUUUACCUUUUCAA